GUGAACCCAGCCGCCAUUUUACGUGAUUUGAUGUGAAAGAAGCGACCGGAGCUCCGCCGGGGAGUCGUGGACUCUUCUCCUUUUUUAAACAUUACCCCCCCAAAUUUAGAUAAGCGUACUCGCGCACCUUACUGCGUCAUCACAAGAUUUCUGACGCCAUGGCAACAGAACAUGUAAAUGGGAAUGGUAUGGAAGAACCAAUGGACACGUCCGCUGCAGUCACCCACUCCGAGCACCUCCAGACUUUAAAACAGGCUGGUUUACCACAGAAAGUUGCUGAAAAGCUAGAUGAAAUUUACAUAGCAGGCCUUGUAACACACAGUGACCUCGAUGAACGGGCACUGGAAGCUUUGAAGGAGUUCAAUGAGGAAGGUGCGUUACACGUCCUCCAGCAGUUUAAAGACAGUGAUCUAUCCCAUGUGCAAAACAAAAGUGCCUUUCUCUGUGGAGUGAUGAAGACCUACAGGCAGAGAGAGAAGCAGGGGACCAAAGUUUCAGAUUCCAGCAAAGGACCAGAUGAAGCAAAAAUAAAAGCCCUGCUGGGGAGAACUAGCUACACGCUGGAUGUGACCACAGGCCAGAGGAAGUACGGUGGUCCUCCCCCAGAAUGCGUCCACACAGGGCCCCAGCCCACAGUCGGCACAGAGAUCUUCGUAGGAAAGAUCCCGCGGGACCUGUUUGAGGAUGAGCUGGUGCCACUGUUUGAGAAGGCCGGGCCGAUCUGGGACCUGAGGCUGAUGAUGGACCCGCUGAGCGGACUGAACCGGGGUUACGCCUUCGUCACCUUCUGCACUAAAGAGUCCGCACAAGAGGCCGUCAAGCUAUGUAACAAUCAUGAGAUCCGACCCGGCAAACCACUCGGCGUCUGCAUCUCCGUGGCCAACAGCAGACUGUUUGUGGGCUCCAUUCCCAAGAGCAAGACGAAGGAGCAGAUCGUAGAGGAGUUCUGCAAAGUCACAGAGGGCCUCAAUGAUGUCAUACUGUACCACCAGCCGGAUGAUAAGAAGAAGAACCGAGGCUUCUGCUUCCUGGAGUACGAGGACCACAAAACGGCAGCCCAGGCCCGGCGACGACUCAUGAGCGGCAAGGUGAAGGUGUGGGGCAACGUGGUGACGGUGGAGUGGGCCGACCCUAUCGAGGACCCCGACCCCGAGGUCAUGGCCAAGGUUAAGGUGCUGUUUGUCAGGAACUUGGCAAACAGCGUUACGGAGGAGACCCUGGAGAAGACCUUCAGCCAGUUCGGGAACCUGGAGCGAGUGAAGAAGUUGAAAGACUACGCUUUCAUCCACUUCGACGAGCGCGACGGUGCCCUGAAGGCCCUGGAGGAGAUGAAUGGUCAGGACCUGGAAGGAGAAAACAUUGAGAUUGUCUUCGCCAAACCGCCAGACCAGAAGAGGAAGGAGCGCAAGGCUCAGAGGCAAGCGGCCAAAACACAGAUGUAUGACGAUUAUUACUACUACGGCCCGCCUCACAUGCCCCCCCCCACCAGGGGGCGGGGCAGGGGUGGAGCUAGGGGCGGGUACUCCUACCCUCCUGACUAUUAUGGCUAUGAAGAUUACUACGAUUACUAUGGUUACGAUUACCAUAACUACCGGGGUGGAUACGACGACCCGUACUUCGGCUACGAGGACUUCCAGACCCCGGCCCGUGGCAGGGGCACGCGGGGUGGGGCCAGAGGAGGAGGCGUGUCCACGCGAGGCCGAGGGGCGGGAGCUCCGCGGGGCAGGGCGGGGUUUCCCCAGCGUGGAGGUGGAGCCAGCCGAGGCCUGCGUGGAGGAGGAGCCAGGGGCGCGCCCGUGUCGAGGGGUCGCGGGGUACGUGGGGCUCGGGGCGGAAAGCGCAAAGCCGAUGGCUACAGCCAGCCAGAUUCCAAACGCCGCCAGACCAGUAAUCAGAACUGGGGCUCCCAGCCCAUUGCACAACAACCACUGCAGAGUGGUGACCAUUCUGGUAACUAUGGUUACCAAGCCGACAACCAAGAGUUCUAUCAGGAUUCUUUUGGGCAACAGUGGAAGUAGAGCUUGUGUCUUUAUUUGUGUUUUUUAUAUAUAUAUAUAUAUAUAUAUAAAAUAUAUAUAUAUAUAUAUAUAUAUAUAAAUGUGUAUUUUUAGGUCUUAUGGGAUUGGGCCCUGUUACGAUGUCUCUCCCACUGAAUCGGUGGCAUGUGGAGAGAGAUGUUUGUACAUAUUUUUAACAACACUCCGCCUGUCCCCAUGGUGGAAUCCGCUCUGAGAAACUAACAAAUGGGUGAAUUAUGCUAAAUCUGUCUGUCUGCAUUUGGCUGUGAAGUACCAUGUGUGUUUAUAGCAGUUUGGUCUUCGUGUUUCAAGUAGGUGAUGGCAGAAAUGUGUCUCAAAAGUUUUGUUUUCAAGCAAAAAAAACCCCCCAAACAAACAAAACAAACAAAUUUGCUUUUUGUAUGUUAGCAAAGCGAAUGCUAGUAAAAUAGCGUGUCUAAAAAGAGGGCCGAGGUGCUUUUCCUUUUCUUUUCGUAAGGUUUAUUUUCUUAUUGGCUUUACGUUUGGCUUGUAUUCCUUGCUGUGUGUCUGUUCAAAUAAACAUACGCACCAGUGUACCAAAACUCAAAUUGUGUUGCAAAUUCAUGUUUCGGCAAAUUCCCUCUUUAAAUUGCGUUCAAAUUUGGUGAAGCAGCGCCUGGCCGUGAGGGGUGUGUGUGUUUGUUUGUUUGUUUGUUUGUUUGUGUGUGUGUGUGUGUGUGUGUGUGUGUGUGUAGGGCAGCACACUCCCACCCUGCGUCCUGGUGUGUCGCCACACUCCUCACACCAGUCUUUCGCUCAGUCGAGAGGCGGCUCACUAAUUCAGCUCCUACAUUCUGAUUGGUUCUCCAAAAGCUCCUGACACACCUCGAUUUUUAUCAACUGAUCGGUUGGCUGGGGGGUGGGGGGUUCCCCAUUUGGUUAGAGAGCUCCCUUUCUCAGAAGGAGGCGGGGCUGAUAACAGCCUGCCACAUGUAACCUCUCAACCAAGACGCUAUCGGACAGCGAGACUGACACUCCGUCACUGGAGGAUUUGGGUUUAAAUGCUGGUUUUCACAUCUCUCCCAAAUUCGGGAAUUUGAGCACUGGUAGGAAUUGACUGCCUUGCACGAGCUGCUGUCUGUCGGAUCUUUGGGGGCUUUAGUGUAAACAUGAUUUGGUGGGAGGGGUCUCUCUCAAAUGUUUUUAACAAGUGACCUUCCCUUCUAGUUCUCCCCUCCUGUUUGGUUGCUUGUCACCCAAAGAUAAAAAGCACUUAUGCUUGUGUCCUCUAGGGGUCCCUGUUCUGUGCAUGCCACACUGCAGGGAGUUAGCAGAGAAUCAAAUCCCCUUCUGUCUUUUUACUUUAGUUAUUUUGAUCUUAACCUCUUUAUUGAUCUGUGUGUGUGUGUGUGUGUGUGUGUGUGUGUGUGUGUGUGUGUGUGUGUGUGUGUUUAGUGGUGUUUGAUGUAAUUGUCGGUCUAAUCUCUUUUCCUUUUAUUACCUGACUAGCAGGGCAAGGGCUUGGAGACGGGGCCUGACAAGUGUCAGUGAGGGAGGCGUGGCUCGCUAGCGCGGCCCUGUGGGACGGCGUGGGAGCUGCACCAGCGCCCCAGACCUACUGGCCACGGAAACACAGCUACUCCCAGACUGCCACCUAAGAUCGCCGCAGUGAAGCCUGGGCUCCGCUCGUAACGUACAACGCUGUUGUCUGUUUGGUUUGGAAUAUUUUGAUUUUAUUUUGAUUUUGAUUUAUUUUUUUUUUAACAAUUCAUGACAUGUUCCAGUGCCCGGUGUCCUUAAGCCCCAAAGACUAUAGCCUGCCACUCCGAGAGUUUCUGACGACACUAUUCUUACCCGUGAGAAUUCAAAUGUGUUUUGCACUUUGUGUGUUUGAGGUGGAUCGGAGGGUCUUGAAGCUGUUGUUGUCUAGUUUUUUGUUUUUUUUUUGUGUCUGUUUUUUAAAUAAUGUUUAGCAGGUUUCUUAGGUGUAAACCACCUGGCCUGAUUGGUCAGGCAUUCCAGGAAAAUGGUUCAUUUAAGAACCUUCUGUAUUUGCUUUGUUUUGUUUUUGUUUGUUUGAAGGGUCUGUUCACUACCUCAGUGUGGAGGCGGGAGACUACCCUCUCUGUGACGUCUGGACGGAGACUCUAACCAUAAACGCAGGGCUUUUUUACUCCACUUUAUGCAGACGGGCGCCCGCACAGCCCAGUGUACCCUAGUGUAUUAUAGCUGUUUUAUAACACUGCUCUGGAGAUGCUGCGAGCAGUCAAACUGUGUGUGUGCGUGCGUGUGCGUGUGCGUGUGCGAGAGAGAGAAUGACACUCAGAUAAUGAGUCUAAACAAACCUGGCCUUGGUCUCCUCUCGGCGCCCUCUCAGAGUGUGUAGUUACUGGUUGUAUUAUAGUUUAGGAGAUUUUUUUUUUCUUUUGUAAAGCUUUGAACAUAAAGGAUAAAAGUACUUUUUCAAAAGGUUUUAGCAUUUUUUUUUUUCCCUCUCCAGUGAAUCAGUCUUUUUGUUUUUUUCUUUAAAAACAAACAAAAAAAAAGCCUUUUUUGGCUGUAAAAUUAAUUGUUUAGAAAAUGAUCAUUUGUUUGUUUGUUUGUUUACCAGGGUCUACAUUAGGCGCCCUCUGAAAGGGUCAAAGUUCAGCCACGGGAUGGCCAGAGGAGCUAACCUGGUUACAGACGGCCAGCCUCUCUGGCCGUGGCUGCCGACCUUGUGCGGGGCAGGCGGACUCAGAGGGCACCCUGUUAGGCUUGUUACCCCGUCCUUGCCCCUAGGGGGCGACAGCGCUGCACAGAGGCUAUGUCAGCUCAGUACUAAAGUUUCUUACAAGUUGUGCCAGGCCUCGGUUUACUAAGCUUCAGAGAAGCUUCGUCAUGGUGAGAUCAUCUUAAACUCAUCAUUCGUAGUGCACUUUCCUUGUUCGUUACACGUGAGUCAGAUCGGAGAAGAGCUGUGAAUGAAUCCACACAGGAACCCCGAAAGCCCCACCAGACCUGCUCACACUCCCUUCUCGUCUGUCUGUCCAUCGAGUUUAGUGGGCCGGAGCACGUGGUCCAGCUGCUAUAGAGGAAACUCAAUAUUUCCACUCUAAUGAUGGACCCUGCAGGCGUUUGGAAACCAAGUCAGCUUCUAGCCACCAUUUUGGCUCCGACCAAGCCAACGAGCAAUGAACACCUGGUACAGGAGCCAAAAUGAGAACUGCGUGGCGGAUCCUGAGGACGGAGUGGAACAUGACCGGUCUAAAGUCUGAGGGCGUUGGCGUGGGGUGCCUGAACGCUGCGCCCAAGGCUGCUGCCGUAAGGUCUGUAACCAGGCGCUCGGAUGGUUCGUAGGAAAGACACCUUUGGUAUUCUCUGGUGUCCCUGCGUGUGUGACGUGCUCCGACCUGUGGAGCACGUCAGCAGUAGCUUUGUGAGCUCACGCACACAACGCAGGCUUUGCAGGUUUGAGGGGAUACUACAAAUAAACUGGUUUUGUUAUGGGUUACAAAAAGCUGUAGUUGAUUUUGACUGGAUGUUGUAGACACCAGAUUAGUCCUGGAUCCCAUCACCCUGUGUUUUUUGUUUGUUUUUGUUUUUGUUGUUUUUUGUUUUUCCCCCCACUCCAAAGGAUGUCAUGAGUUUUAAAUAAACUAUUGGUGCAUAAAUGUUUUUGCAUUCUUGCAAAUAAAUUGUUUUAUACUGUAAAA